CCUGUUUUAAAAUUAUGCACUUAUAAUAAUUAACUAUUUUACAGAUUACUUUGGGCUCUGAUGCCUGUUUCUUGUGCAAGUGUAGUAGCUGAUUUUAAAAGCUUCAUGUCAUUGCUGACUUAUAUAGAGUAUCUGCAAUCAACGUUGAGACUUUAGCCAAGAUGUCUAGAGAGACUGGAAGCGAAUCCCAGCAAUCUCAAGGUGCCCAGCAAUCACAGAGUGGUACAAGUUCUUCCUCCAGUGGAUCACAGAGUGCCAGUCAGUCGUCUUCCAGUUCUGGGACCCUCAGUUCUUUGGACACAGUUCCUACUCAGGAGCUUCCUUCAAUUCCUGAGGAUCAGGAACCCGAAGAACCUGUUCCUCAGCCAUGGGGUCGACUCUUUGCACUUGGAAAGGGCUUCUGUAAUUAUGAUUGCGUGUAUGACGAAUGUUGGUUUGGCAGAGACAGAAGCUGUGACUAUAGCUUUGCUAAGAUAGGAUUGACCGAGUCAGGCUUAUACCAUAACUACAGCAAGAAGCACUUCCGAAUCUUCAGGGAAAUGGGACCAAGAAACUCCUAUGUUGCUUACAUUGAGGACCACAGUGUGAAUGGGACUUUUGUAAAUAAAGAGCUUAUUGGGAAAGGAAAAAAGCUCCCAUUGACUCACAAUUCUGAAAUUGCACUGUCUAUACAGAAUAAUAAAGUGUUCGUAUUUUCUGAUCUUAUGGUGGAUGAUCAGUCCGGGUAUCCCAGAGAAUUCAGAGAGAAAUAUAUCAUGUCAAAGACUUUGGGAAGUGGCGCCUGUGGAGAGGUUAAAUUGGCAUUUGAGAGGACCACAUGUAACAAAGUUGCCGUAAAGAUAAUCAAUAAACGGAGAUUUAUAGCAAGCGCUGUGAGAGAGACAGAUCCAGCUUUUAAUGUCAAUACAGAAAUUGAGAUUUUGAAGAAAAUAGAUCAUCCCUGCUUAAUCAAGAUAAAGAACUUCUUUGAGGCAGAAGAUUAUUAUAUUGUUUUGGAAUUGAUGGAAGGAGGAGAGUUAUAUGACAGAGUGUCAAGAUCAGCCAAGAUGAAAGAAGCUACCUGCAAGCUGUAUUUUUAUCAGAUGCUGUUGGCUGUAAAGUACCUUCAUGAAAAUGGUAUUAUACAUCGGGAUCUAAAGCCAGAGAAUGUGCUACUUUCAUCUGCUGAGGAAACUUGUCUUAUAAAGAUUACAGAUUUUGGACAAUCUAAGAUUCUUGGUGAAUCCUCUCUUAUGAGAACAUUAUGUGGUACUCCCACGUAUCUUGCCCCUGAAGUUCUAAAUUCGCUUGGGACAGCUGGGUAUAGCCGUGCUGUGGAUUGCUGGAGUUUAGGAGUUAUUCUCUUCAUUUGCCUUUGUGGAUAUCCACCAUUUAAUGAACAAAAUACUCAGCUAUCUUUGAAAGAUCAAAUUACCCGGGGAGAAUAUACAUUUAUUCCAAGAGAAUGGAUCCAUGUGUCAGAUAUGGGUACGUUUGCUUUAUAGUGGUUAUGGAAGUAUUUUGCUGACCCUCUAAAACAAGGCUAUUCAACAUGUGGCCCCA